CCGACACCUCUGAUAAAGCCGACCACACUUGAGCCAGCACCAAGAACUGUAAUGACUUACAUUGCAAAGAAGUGCGGCAUCUGCUUUCAGCCUCCAUCUGUUAUCCUGAUCUACAAAGAAGACAACAAGGAUAAGACUCGCCAGCGCAUCAUGCCUGUCAGAAAUUUCUCCAAGUUCUCAGACUGUGGCUUGGCUGCUGAGCAGCUGAAGAAUAACCCUCGGCACAAGGCUUACCUAGAAGGAGUCUCGCUGCGUCAGCUAAAGAAGCUAUACAGUUUGCUGAAAGGUUAUCUGGGAGGAGAGAGCCUGGCUGAGAGCUUAGAAAAGUUUCUGCAGGAACAGCCCAUUGACCCAGAAGAGGAUAUGAACAAACUAGAUGACAAGGAACUAGCCAAAAGGAAGAGCAUCAUGGAUGAGCUCUUCGAAAAGAACAGGAAGAAGAAGGAAGACCCAGAUUUCAUCUAUGACAUUGAGGUUGAGUUUCCACAGGAUGAGCAGCUGGAGUCUUGUGGCUGGGACGUGGAGUCAGGUGAAGAAAUCUGA